AUGGCUGAACAAGCAAGCAACGAGCAAGAAGAGAAGAAACGCAUCUUGGAGGACUACACUCAGUGGAAAAAGACAGCACCCGUGUUGUAUGACAUGGUUAUCACACACAACCUUACAUGGCCCACCUUGACCUGUCAAUGGCUGCCUAAACGCACAGUUGCACAUGGAUUCGUCAAGCAGGAGCUUCUGAUCGGCACACACACCAACGACGAAGAGGACAAUUAUGCGCAAUUUCUUGACAUUGACAUUCCAGAGAAAGGAUUGGAUACGCCUGAAGAGCAAAAGACCAAGAUGUACAUUACACAAAAGAUAUGUCAUGAAGGAGAAGUGAAUAAGGCACGUUACCAACCUCAUCAACCUGAUAUUUUCGCAACAAAGACACGGGAUGGUGAUGUUCUCGUGUUUGAUCGUACACAAUCGCAAACAACAGAAACGUGUGAACCCAUCUUGAGAUUAAAAGGUCAUCAAAUGGAAGGCUAUGGCUUAGCCUGGAAUCCCCAUCUCGCCAAACAGAACCAUCUGCUGAGUGCCGGGUUUGAUAAUCUGAUCUGUCACUGGGAUACUGGCAUCACACCAAACAGCGAUAAGGAAUUGCAACCUUAUCAGAGAUAUGAGGGUCAUACGGGCUGUGUCGAGGAUGUUAGUUGGAAUUCAGCCAAUGAUUCUUUAUUUGCAUCCGUUGCUGAUGAUAUGAAGUUGAUGAUUUGGGAUAGUCGUGAUCCUGUCAAACCAGUGCAGAGAGUGCAAGCCCAUCAAGGCGAGGUCAAUUCUGUGGCUUUUCAUCCCAAUAAGGAGUGGAUGCUGGCUACUGGCAGUUCAGACAAGACGGUCGGUUUGUUUGAUAUUCGUAAAAUUGACACAAAAUUACAUUCUAUGGAACUGCAUGAAGGGGAAAUCACGCAAGUCGCUUGGAGUCCCCAUAAUGACCCUAUAUUAGCAUCAGCUGGUACAGAUCGUAAAAUUGUUAUUUGGGAUUUGCGACAUAUUGGACAAGAGCAAACACCAGAAGAUGCUGAGGAUGGCCCACCAGAAAUCAUGUUUGUCCACAGCGGCCAUACAAGCCGAAUUUCUGACUUUAGUUGGAAUCCUACUGAUAGAUGGGUUUUGGCCAGUGCAGCAGAGGAUAAUGUCGUGCAGAUCUGGCAAAUGUCUAGAAACAUAUAUGCAAACACAGACUUUCUACAGGUUGCUUCGUCGCAAUUAGAAUAA